AUGUCCCGAGCCGGCCCGCGCCGGAAGCGGCCGGUGUCCCGCCCAAAGGCGUCCGGGCGUGUGCGGAAGUGGAGGGGAGGCCGGGCCAUGGCGGAGGUGCGACCCGAGAGGGCCGCGCGCUCGCGCCGAGCCCAGCGGCGGCCCCCGACCUGGGAGGUGUCGGACUCUGAGGCGGAGGGCGACGGCUCUGCAGAGGCCGGAGCGCGGGCUCGGGGCGUGGCGGGGGAGCGCAGGGCGGCGGCGUGGCGGCCCGAGCAGGCUCUGCAGCGCCUGGUGGUGCGCGUGGACCCAGGUCCGGCCGUGCUGGAGGACACUCGUGCUGACGUCCUAAUGGAGGCUCUGGGCGCCCUGGACUGUGAAUGCCGCAUCGAGCCGCAGCGCCGGGCCCGCAGCCUGCGGUGGAGCGGAGUGAGGCACGACCCCGGCAGAGUGGCUCCUGAGGUGUGGGCUACAGAGGAGCAGGAACUACUACUGCUGCUGCUGCUGGAGCCUGAGGAGUUUCUGCAGGGCACUGCCCAGCUGACCCAGACAGAAGGCCCACCCUGUCCGGUGCCUUGGAUCUCUCCUGAGAGCCCUGCCCACCCCCACCUGGCUGUCAUAGGGCUGGAUGCCCACCUAUGGUCUUGCCAGCCCAGUGCCCAGGGGAUGCAGCAGCUGCAGAAUUCAGAGGUGGUCCAGGCCAAGGAGGCUGUCAGCUGGCCGGAAGUGGAGGAGGCUCUGGUGCUCCUUCAGCUCCGUGCAGACCUGGAUGUGCUACUGGUGGCCUCCUGGCAAGAGCUGACUCAGCAUGUGUGUGCCUACACCAAGGCCCUUGCCCAGCUCCCCUCUAAGCAGUGCUGGGACUCCCAGGCCUUUUCCUUCUGCACAGCAGGUCGCUGGGCUGCAGGCCAGCAGGUGGCCAGAGAUGGCUCUGGGUUGCGUGGGGUUUGGUGGAGACAGAUCAGGCAGUUUAACCGGGUCAGCCCUGCUGUGGCAGAUGCCAUUGUCACCGCCUUCCCCUCCCCACGCCUUCUGCAGCAGGCGCUCAUGGCCUGCAGCACAGAACAGGAACGUCUGGGCCUCCUGGCUGACCUCCCUGUGGAGGCCAGCAAAGGCAGACAGUCCCGAAGGGUGGGGCCUGACCUUUCCCGUCGCAUCUGCCUGUUCCUGACCACCACCAGCCCUGACCUGCUACUGGACCUGGGCUCCUGACCACACUUGCCGGCCUCUUCUGUCCACCAGCAGGACAGCAACAGCCCACAGGAGGACUGAUCAGACCUCCUGAGAGUGGGAGGGGGACAACCACACUUACUAAGCCUGGGGUGGACUCCAUCUUUGGCUGGUCAGACUUGAGGUUGGGGGGAGGAGGGGGAAGACAGAUGCUCUGAAAUCAGCAGAAGAGCAGGGAGGCAGAGGCCUGAGGAGGACGGGGGUUCGUGUUCCCUCUGCCCUGAAUGCUCUGGCCACAGGACAGCGUGGCAGCAAGACUGUGCCCAGCUGGGCAGCCAGGAGGACUGCAGGGCAGCACCCCAGAGGGUGCUCCCUGGGGGAGCAGCAGCCUGCCCCCCGACGUAGCAGACCAUCACGAGGAAAGCAGACACCGGGCAGCCCAGGCCUGGCAGAGUCUUUAAUCUCAGAGCUGUGUAAGACAUAAAUCCCACAUUUGUCACAGUCA